AUGAGAAAUCAUACGGGGAUAACUUUAUUCAUCCUGAAGGGACUGACAGAUGAUCCACAGCUACAGGCUUUGCUUUUAAUCUUUCUAUUUCUCAACUACUUGCUAAGUGUAAUUGGGAACAUGACUAUAAUCACCCUGACCUUGGUGGAUCCCCACCUGAAAACACCCAUGUAUUUUUUUCUUCGAAACUUCUCCUUCUUAGAAGUCUCACUAACAACUUCUUGUAUUCCUAGAUAUCUCUACAGUCUGUCAACUGGAGACAAAAUGAUUUCUUAUAAUGCCUGUGCAACACAAAUAUUUUUUAUUAUCUUUUUGGGGGCAGCAGAGUUCUUCCUCCUGGCUACCAUGUCCUAUGAUCGCUAUGUGGCCAUUUGUAAACCUCUACAUUACACAACUAUUAUGAGCACUAAAGUCUCUAACCUGCUCCUGCUGAGUUCUUGGUUGGCUGGGCUGAUGAUCAUCCUCCCACCAUUAAGCCUGGGUCUUUACUUGGACUUUUGUGACUCCAACAUUAUUGACCAUUUUUACUGUGACACAUUUCCUCUACUAGAGAUUUCAUGUACAGAUACACAGUUGAUAGAGAAGAUAACAAUGAUCAAUGCAAUAUUGACACUCAUUAUUACAUUGUUCUUAGUAGUUUUGUCUUAUGCCUCCAUUGUCAGGACUAUUCUGAGAUUCCCCUCUGCCCAGCAAAGGAAAAAGGCCUUUUCCACUUGUUCCUCCCACAUGAUUGUUGUCUCUAUCUCCUAUGGUAGUUGUAUAUUCAUGUACAUCAAAUCUUCUGGAAAUGAAAUGAUAGCUUUGAACAAGAUGGUGUCAGUCCUAGUGGCCUCUGUUGCCCCUGUGAUGAACCCCUUUAUUUAUACCCUGAGGAACAAACAAGUCAUACAAGCCUUUAAGGAUUCAGUAAAGAAGAUCGCAAUUCUCACAAAGUAG